AUGGGUAAACGAGCGCGCAGCCUGUCUUCCUCGCCGCACCUGGCCCCAGCGAACGGUGCGACGAAGAAGAAGCGAGAAGUGAAUUUCUCCCCCAAUAGGAUCGCGACAGCAGAGCAUGCGGCCAAGGCGGAUGCCUCCCCACCCCUCUUCCAGCUCGUCGAUGCCGUCCACCGCAACGUCGAUAACCCGCCCAAUGGUGAGUGCGUCGUGUACUGGAUGAGGAUGGAGGACCUUCGGAUUCGCGACAACAGAGCCAUUGCUCAAGCAUCCGCGCAGGCGCGGAAGGACAGCGUCCCACUCAUAGUGCUACACGUUCUGAGCCCCCAGGACUACAUCGCGCAUGACCGCAGCGCUCGCAAGAUCGAUUUCGUGCUGCGCAACCUGCAAAUAAUCCGCUCCAGACUCAGCGAGUUGGACAUACCUUUGUACACCGUCUCACACGAGCCCCGCACGAAGAUACCCGCCUUCAUACACGGCCUGCUGCAACAGUGGAAGGCUUCGCACCUCUUCGCAAAUAUGGAGUACGAAGUGGACGAGCUCCGCAGGGACAUCGCACUUUCGGGGAUUGCAAGAAAACACGGGAAGGUAUCUUGCACGUUCCUACACGACCGGUGCAUCGUCCCGCCCGGAGAGGUGACAACCAAGGACGGACGUGGAUACACUGUUUACUCGCCGUUCCUCCGCACGUGGAAGUCUACUAUCGACCAAGCCACCUCGGAUUAUAUAGGGGAAGCACCGUUGCCGGUAGCGAACGACCCCGCUGUGCGAUCGCAUCCCGUGUACAGCAACCUCUUCGAUGUCGAGGUCCCACACGAAGUUGAAGGAUUUACGCUUGACCCCAAAGUGCGCGAGAGGAUGGCUUCCUGUUGGCCUGCAGGGGAAGAUGCAGCGCAUGAGGUGUUGCGCCGUUUCCUCGAGACCAUGUCACGAACGUCUCAUCUAGGUGUCACCGAUCCGUUAAGCGAAAGUGCGAAGAUGGCGAAGAAUCCGUCAACACAGAGUCGCUUGGGCAAGUACAACGACCAAAGGGACCGGGUGGACGCAGAUACGACCAGUCGCAUGAGUCCAUACCUCGCUGCCGGCGUUAUUUCCGCGCGUACCUGCGUUCGCGAGGCACUCGAAACGUGCGGGAAGAAGAAAGUCGAUAUCAGCCGUGACACAGGCGUCGGGCGCUGGAUACAAGAGAUCGCGUGGCGCGACUUCUACAACCACAUCCUCGCGUUCUUCCCACGCGUGUCCAUGGGACGACCCUUCCUGGAGAAGUACGCGCACAUCCAGUGGGAGACGAACGAGGCGCACCUCCAGGCGUGGAAGGACGGCCGCACGGGCGUCCCGGUCGUCGACGCGGCGAUGCGCCAGGCGAACACGAUGGGCUGGAUGCACAACCGCGGCAGGAUGAUCGCGGCGAUGUACCUGACGAAGGACCUGCUGAUCGACUGGCGGCUGGGGGAGCGGUACUUCAUGGAGGUGCUCAUCGACGGGGACCUGGCGUCGAACAACGGAGGCUGGCAGUGGAGCGCGAGCACGGGGGUCGACCCUGCGCCGUACUUCAGGAUCUUCAAUCCGUACACGCAGAGCCAGAAGAUCGACCCCGGAGGCGAAUACAUUCGUGCUUUCGUGCCUGAGCUCGCGAAGGUUAGAGGCCCAGAGAUACACAAGCCGCCGCCGGCGCUAGCGGACAAGCUCGGAUAUCCUCGUGCCCUGGUCGAACAUGACAUGGCGAGGAAACAGGCCAUUGAGCGGUACAAGAACAUCGGUAAGAAGUAA